UUAAUUUAAUUGUUUGUUUCCCUGGCCUCUAUCCCCUAGCUAGCUAGCUUCAUUCUUACCAAUGGCUGCCAUUAAUCAUCCACUAUCCAUUCUUACAUCAAACCGCUCUCAGUUGCAUGAAGUUACUCGUCAUUCUGCCAAUUAUCAUCCAACCAUGUGGGGUGACUACUUCCUACCUUACUCUUCUCAAGGAAAGAAAGCAGACGAUCCACAAGAAGAAUGGCAAGAGCAUGGACAAUUAAAGGAGAAGGUGAAGAACAUGCUUGUGGGAGCCCCACAAAUUUGUUCCCUGCAAAAACUGGACUUGAUCAACAAGAUCCAACGCUUAGGAGUGGGCUACCAAUUUGAAAAUGAGAUUGAAGCAACUUUGCAACACAUAUUCAAGGCCUAUUAUCAACUCAAGGUUGAAAAAGAUAAUGAAGAAGAUGAUCUUUACGCUAUCUCUUUGCGCUUUCGACUACUUAGACAAUAUGGUUAUCACGUAUCUUGCAAUGUGUUUGAAAAGUUUUUGGAGUGUGAUGGCAAGUUCAAGGAGUCAUUGACCGAUAAUGUGCAAGCAAUCUUAAGCCUGCAUGAGGCAUCACAUCUUAGAGUGCAUGGAGAGACGAUUUUAGACGACGCACUAAAAUUUACCACUUAUCACCUAGAAUCCGUGCUACCAAACUUGACCCAUCCCCUAAGAUCUCAAGUCAGUGAAGCGCUAAAGCAGCCAAUUUGGAAAAGAUUGACGAGGAUAGAAGCAAGAAGAUACAUAUCAGUUUAUGAAGUUGAUGAAACUCAUGACAUUGUACUCUUGAAAUUUGCAAAACUAGACUUCAACAUGCUGCAGAAGGAACACCAGAAGGAACUAGGAAAUCUUACAAGGUGGUGGAAGGAAUUAAAUGUCACAAAAAAUCUACCUUAUGUCAGAGAUAGAUUUGUGGAAUGUUACUUUUGGAUCUUAGGAGUAUACUUUGAACCACAAUACUAUCUUGCGAGGAGAUUUCUUGUUAAAGUUAUUGCUAUGGCUUCCAUUCUUGAUGAUACUUAUGAUGCCUAUGCAACUCUUGAUGAGCUCCGGUUAUUCACAGAUGCAGUCCAAAGAUGGGAUCCUAGUGUUGUAAAUGAAUUACCAGAAUAUAUGCGACUUUGCUACGUGGCUCUUCUUGAUGUUUACGCUGAAAUGGAGAAAGAAUUAGCUGUUAAAGGCGAAUCAUAUCGUAUCAAUUAUGCCAAAAAUGAGAUGAAAAAACUCCUAGGAGGCUAUUAUCAAGAAGCCAAGUGGUUUCAUGAUGGCUAUUCUCCAAAAUUUGAGGAGUACAUGAAGGUUGCACUUGUAACGGGAGCUUAUAUGAUGCUGGCAACAAAUUCUUUAGUGGGCAUGAACCAAGAUUUUGUAACUGAAAAGGCUUUUAAUUGGGUGAUUAGAGAGCCAUUAAUUGUUCGUGCAUCAUCUGUUAUUUGCAGAUUAAUGGAUGAUAUGGCUGGACAUGAGUUUGAGCAACAAAGAGGUCACCUAGAUUCAGCUGUGGAAUGCUACAUGAAACAAUAUGAAAAAUCGAAAGAAGAGACUUAUAACGAGUUCCGUGGACGAGUCAAUAAUGCAUGGAAGGACAUUAAUCAAGAAUGUCUUAAACCAACUAUUUUUCCCAUGUCAAUACUCAUCCGAGUUGUUAAUCUUGCCAGAGUUAUGGAUUUGCUAUACAAAGAUGGAGAUAAUUAUACACAUCCCACAGCCAAGCUUAAAGCCUUGAUUACCUCCGUGUUGGUUGAUCCAAUCCCAUGAAUUUAAAAGAAAAAAAAAAUUAAAUCUGCAUAUUUUUUUUAAUGUAAUAUUGUUCAUGUAAUGAUCCAUGCAUGUUUGUUAUUUUAAUAUUUU